AUGGCACCCGCCGUGGUGCACAACAUCACCUCGCGCUUGCACCGGGCGAGCCACAGCCACAGCCACAGCAAUGCCGACAAGGAGAAUUGCAAGGAGCGCGAGGAGGAGAAGACCAGACUGGCAGAAUGGGAGGCCGAGAAGCGACCCCUCGAGCCCGACCAGAUCGUCGUCGAUCCGCAAAAGAAGCCCGUGGGACACUCGAGCAAGCUGCUGCGCCGCGAGGACUUCGACCUCGUCAAGACCCUCGGCACCGGCACCUUUGCCCGCGUCUGGCUGACCAAGCUCGCCAACCGCAAGGAGAGCGACAACAACAACAACAAGGUCUUUGCCCUCAAGAUCCUGCGCAAGGCCGACGUCAUUCGCCUGAAGCAGGUCGAGCAUGUCCGCAACGAGCGCAACGUCCUGGCCGCCGUCGCCGGCCAUCCCUUCAUCACCACCAUGGUCGCCAGCUUCCAGGACCCCGACACGCUCUACAUGCUGCUGGACUACUGCCCCGGAGGCGAGGUCUUUUCCUACCUGCGACGGGCGCGACGAUUCAACGAGCCCACUUCACAAUUCUACGCCGCCGAGAUUGUCUUGAUCUUGGAGUUCCUCCACGAGAGGGAGGGCGUCGCCUAUCGCGACCUGAAACCGGAGAACAUCUUGAUUGAUGCCGAGGGACAUUUGAAGCUGGUCGACUUCGGCUUCGCCAAGAAGAUUGAGAAUAGUGCGGCACGCUUCCCCAUGGGAGUCGCUGGAUGCUGACAAGGUGGCAGGAGAGACGUAUACCCUCUGUGGAACGCCCGAGUACCUCGCGCCCGAGGUGAUCCGCAACACCGGACAUGGCACACCUGUGGACUGGUGGGCGUUUGGCAUCCUCAUCUACGAGUUCCUCGUCGGCCAGCCGCCGUUCUGGGACCAGAACCCGAUGAAGAUCUACGAACAGAUCGUCGGAGGCAAGAUCCGCUACCCGAGCGCCAUGUCCAAGGAUGCGCGCGACAUCAUCGGCGGCCUCUGCACGGUGGACGUGGCGAAGCGACUGGGCAACAUCCGGGGCGGCGCGGAGACGGUGAAGAAGCACCCGUGGUUCGCGCACAUCAACUGGGACGAGCUGUACCAUCGGAAGAUGAAGGGCCCCAUUGUGCCGCAUCUGAAGGCUCCGGAUGAUACGAGGAACUUUGAUGAAUAUGAUGCGGAGCCUCUACAAAAGGAGCCCUAUACCCAGGUAACAUGCCACAAUCGCAGCAAUCGCAGCAGUCUUUCUGAAACAGCUAACCUGGCGAUGCAGGAGAUGCAGGACAAGUACGACCGCAUGUUUGCCGAUUUCUAG